AUGCCGGAUUUGACAAGCAGUGCGAAGGAAUCAUUGGACUUCGGGCUCUUCACAUCCUAUCCGCGACCGGGACGUCUUUUCUUCCAAUGCGUCCCCGUCUUUUGGGUGACUCUGAUCGGAAUGUGGCCUGAGCUGCUCUCUAGCUUUCUACAGAUGAUUCGAUGCCGAGCAAUACCCGAAGAUGAUCCCUCCACAGGCCUACAAAUCAUGAAGCAACGCCUGCGCUCCCAUCCAGAGGUCGUGUGUUGGGGAAGCGACCAUUUCUUGUUGGCUUUGAUCGCCUGCAUUGGCCUUGGUGUGUGGUGCCUGGGAGUUCCCAUCUUGCUCUUCAUCCGGAUCUACUGCCUGCGAGAUCGGCAAAGUCCGGAGAACUACCGAAAGUACGGGUACUUCAUACAGGGCUUCGAGCCUGGAUUUUGGUGGUGGGACAUCGUUGUCAAGCGGAUUGACAUCGGCCUCAUGAAUGUCAUCACAUACACAAACCUCGCGAACGAUGAGAAAGCCAAGCUGCUCCUCUUUCCUUUCAUGUCCGGAGUUCAGCUGGCGCUGUGCGCUUGGUGCAGGCCGUUCACGAACAGCCAGGCUGAAAUUCUGGAUUUUCUGGAAAUGUGUUUGUUGAGCUUUCGCUUCAUCCUCUUCAGUAUGGUUGCCGUGAUGUUGAUCUUCAACCCUUCGGCGGAGAUGACUUGGGUUCUUGCUGGUCUACUGGUCUUUCUGCUCUCAAUGGUGUGCGGGUACUUCGCGCUGCACGUCGCGGCCCAGUUUCUGAGAACGGCAGGGAAGGAUGAGGACAGCGAGGAAGAGGAGCUUCAAGUCGGCACGUCUCCGACAUCAACGACAACAAAAUCAAGGAGACGAAAGCAGAACUGUCUCAUGCGACUACUAGGCCGCUUCAAGACAUGGGCAUUGAACACCGCCGCCUUCUUCUUACAGGAGUCUGAUGAUGAGAAGUACGUUGUUGCGUGGUCGGUCUACAAGCCCAAUGUGGAGUUAGUGUGUGCGGGGGGUGAGAGACGCUCUUCUUCCGGAUUCAGGGCAAGACUGGUUGCGUAUGCAAAAGCAGCUCGUGCUUCAAUUCUGCGGUUUGGCUCCGGUGUUCAGCGUCAAGUGCUCGUGAAGGCCUACUCAGAGUUUUCGAUCCUCUGGUUGGAUGAAUUCGGCCAGCCAUACCUGCCAGCAGAAGCUGUCCAAAUUCUAUGCGCUCUCUCCACCACGGCUAGACGUGUUCCAGCAAAGACCCCUAAAGAAGGUGUGUAUUACAAGUGGAAGCAAGAGGUGAUAACUCUGCUGGAGUACGCCACCGACCUAGAUCAUAUUUGGCACGUGAAUCCUGAUGAUAUCUUGGAAGUCACGCAGCGCUUGGGCAAGCUUGGCGAAACAGAAGCUGUUCGUCUAGUAGAAGCCAUCCAGGGGCUGCUCCGCACCCAAAAGCUGAAACGACCAGCAGAAAAGCUGCAACUCAAGGAUGAUGACGUUGCGCCAGCUCUGAGCAUGGAAGAUCUUGGCGACGAAGGCCUGGAAGAGGCUUGCAAGAUUGUGCCACGCGAGAAGGGAAAUGACACAAAUGAUGUCCAAAUGGUUGCUGUGAAGGAGCAGGCUGCGCAGACCACUGCAAGCGCUCGCGUCAAACGCCCGAGCCAUGCGCUCCAGAACCUGGCAGACGCGCCUGCAGGAGACGAGCGGUCGCAGCCGCUGGCGGAGAGCUCUGUGGAUCCGACGAAUUCCGCGUCCACAGAAGCUCCAGGAGCCAAAGAGCCAGAGCCGCCAAAGCCAGUCAGAAAGGUCGUUGCGAGUGUGCCGCCGCCAAACAUAAAUUUGAAGGAGGUCAGGAAGAUGUCGCCAAGGACCUCCAGUGCAGUGGUCAACGCCCCCAAAAAGGCAGUCCAUGUGCCCCGGGUUGUUUCACUGGGAGCUCCGACUCCGCAGACAAAUCCGGCCGUGGCAGCGAGCCCGGAUCCGGUUGCCAGCCCGACCUCGGGCCCAAAAAUGGCGGCCAGCACGAAACCAGUGCCUGGCCCAAAGCCUGCAGCGAAAGUUGCAGCCGCGGCUCGCCCAGGAGCCAAGCCAACGGCCACAAGGCUUGUGCCCGCAGCUGCAACUGGCGAUGCGCCAGCUGCUCGGGCCGAGUCCGAUUCGCCUUCCGAAUCUGAGUCCGAGUCCAGUGAAUAG